UUUAAAUAACAACAAAUGCCUGGCUAAUGUUGUUUUUUUCUAAUAACAACACAGAAAAUUCAACAACUGUGGAGUCUAUUACUUAAUACCAAUAUCUUCUUGUAAAUUAGUGUAUUUAAAAUUUAGCUCCCUCGUAUAAUGCUGCCGGUUGGAGUACAACUUAAACUACUACCAAGUCUCUGCUGGCGUAGUGCUGCUUUACAAUAUAGAGAAAUGCAUAUCAAGCGUGCGGAACUCUAUAAGAAAUGUUUUCGUAUUUUGGGUGUUAACGAAGCGGCCGACCAAAACACUGUACGCAAUGCUUACAUUGAUCUGGUGAAGAGAGUGCACCCUGAUUCCGGCCUACCCGAAGCAAGCGCUGAACGUUUUCAAGAAGUAGACGAGGCAUUCAAAGUACUGCAGGAGAAAUUCGCCAAGAGUCGCCGCAGCAUUACUGAAGAUGAGGAAGAAGAAGUGUUUGAUAUAAAGCAUACAGCACCGCAGCAUCGUCAAUACCUCAACUUUGAUGGUGUCGGCGUUGGCAAUCCUUUUCAGCGACAAAAACAAUACCAUCAAAUAAAAGCGAUGAAAGCACAAGAGCGUGUACUUAGUCAUCGUAUCGAAAAGUCUCAAGCUGGAGAAAAUACAAUAAUGAAGAAAGGAACAUUUUAUAAGAAUCACGCGAUCAAGACGAAAUACGGCUUCGAUCGCAUUUGUGAGGAUCUCAUACAGGAAGCCAUGGCUAAGGGUGACUUUGAUAAUCUUAAAUGUGCCGGAAAGCCAUUGAGUAGCGCACAGACACAAAAUCCUUAUCUUGAUUUUACAACACACAAAUUAAAUAAAAUACUAAUUGAUAAUGGGUUUACGCCCGAAUGGAUUAUGCUGCAGCGCGAUAUACGGGAGGCUGUGCAGACAUUACGCGCUGAUUUACGCGCAGAACGCGCCUUUUUUGGUGAAUAUCCUUUCAAUGAAGAAGAGAGUCGUGCUUGGCAAGCAGUGCUACAGAGAUACAGUGAUAGCGUGCGGCAGAUAAACAAAAAUGUAGAUAAGUACAAUUUAAUUGUGCCUAUAUUACAAAAUCAACUCUUCCGUUUAAAUAUCGACACACUGUCUAAGGAAGUGCUCAACGAUCCAGAGGCAUUGAAACAUUUUAAACGACAAAAGGAGGCGCCGAGUGAGAAACCAAUACCCGAAAAUAGUACAAAAACCGAUAUAUUUUCAUUGAUAGGUUCGUUGUUUUAAAUGCCAAAAAUAUUUACUCAAAUUAUUGGUAGGUUCGAUGGUACCAACUUUGUAUGUGAUAUUAUGCCACUGAAGGCUAUGGUGAUAUGUAAAUAUUGUUUUACUAUUUUAAAUAUAUUAUUUGUUCUUUA